ACACACAAACUCAUCAAUCUAUCACUCACUCUCAUAAAAUAUUGAGUAAAAAAAUCACUCUCAUAACAUAUAAUCAUCAAUCAUCACCUUCCUCUGAGUCAAACUCAUAUCAUUGUCAAGUACUUAACUGAAAUCAGAUAAAAACAAUCAAUCUUGUAACUCGUACACAACAGUGAACAAAGCAUGCAUAUAACACAACACACACCCGGCACUAAAUCCGCCAUUUCCGCAAAUAUAUUGGUUGUUUCCUUAUCAUCGUCAUUUAAUUUUCCCAACACCGCCAUUCAUCAAACUUCAUAUAUAAACACAACAAUACAAAGCUCGCAUACACAUCUCCAUUCUCAUCUUUAUCACAUUUCUAUCCUUCUUAUAACUGAACCUAGCCAUGGUGGUAAUCAGCGAAGAAACCGACCCUUAUGCAGAAGAAGAAACAGAAACAGAAAUAGAAAGUGUGGACUAUGAGGAGCUGAAGAAACGCAUGUGGAAGGACAAGAUCCUUCUACAAAAAUUCAAGGAAAAACAAGACAACAACACUGAACCUGAGCAACAAGCAAAACAAGAGGCAUCUAGAAGGAAAAAGAUGUCGAGAGCACAAGAUUCAGUACUCAAAUACAUGGCAAAAAUCAUGGAUGUUUGCAAAGCCAAAGGUUUCGUCUACGGAAUCAUCCCAGAAAAGGGUAAACCGGUAUCAGGCUCCUCCGAUAGUUUACGCGAAUGGUGGAAAGAUCAAAUCCGGUUCGAUCAAAGCGCGCCUCUUGCAGUCGCGAAAUACUUACCACUUCUUGGAAAAGACGAACAGCUUAAUACUAUGAUGAAUGAUCCAAACUCUUACAUACACCUGCUUCAAGAUUUACAAGAUUCAACUCUUGGCUCGCUUCUUUCCGCUUUAAUGCAACACUGUGUGCCACCACAGAGAAGGUUUCCUCUGGAAAGAGGAAUAUCUCCUCCGUGGUGGCCCACAGGAUCGGAAAUUUGGUGGGGCGAACAAGGUUUAUUGGCUCAGGAACAAGGUCCGCCGCCUUAUAAAAAGCCGCAUGAUCUUAAAAAAGCAUGGGAAGUUUCUGUUUUAGCUGGUGUUAUAAAACAUAUGUCACCUGAUUUGGAGAAACUAAGGAGGUUGGUUACUCAGUCUAAGACUCUGCAAGAUAAGAUGACAGCAAGAGAUAGUGCUACUUGGUGUAAAGUUAUGAACCAAGAAGAAGCUUUGCUUGGUGUGACUAAUAAGUGUUUUAAAAUGUCUAUUUCGGAGGAAGGUGAAAGUUCGGGUGGUAGUAGUAGCAGUAGCAGAAGUGAGAAAAGAAAGUGCGUGUUUGAUGUCGGUGGCGAUGAUGUGGUGUUUCCACAGAAUAAGUUACCUUUGAGUUUGGCAAAUUUGCUUGAUUGUGAAGCAAGAAUUGAAAAUGUUGAUGAAUGGUUGAAGAUGGGAGAGAUUGAAGGUGGGAAAUUUGGAUGGGAUGUAGAGCAUUGGUUGAAUGAUGUGGAUGAUCUUGACUUGGAAGCUGCACUUGAAAUGGUGAAAGGUAAUCACAACAUGGAUUUUAUUCCUCAAAAUCCAGCACAUAAUUUACAUGGCCAAGAGAAAGAGAACUCUGUUUGGGAUUUUACAUAUCAAUACCAUCAUGAGCAAGACUAAAUAAAAUGUUCACUUCUGUUUGGGACUUUAAUUUGUUGCAAUGCUUUAGAUUUAUGGAUUUAGCUAGCUAGUUACCAUAUUGGUUACUCAUGAUAAAGUAACUAGAGGAGACACAUUACCAUCCUGUGGAGUGUUUUCUUCUUAUUGAUUAUCUUAGUGGAAUUAUUGUAGUGUUUUAUUAAGAGAGAUGCUAAAUAUUAUCAAACUCUUAAAUUGUGAUGUGAUCCAUUUUUAAAGAAGCAAUGAAUAGUUUGUUGGUUAAUUCAAGUUA